GAGCGCUUCCGGAAAUAGUCGAGCGUGGGCGGGGGGAGGAGGGGAGAGCCGAGCGAAGCCGGAAAGGGCCGAGGAGAACCGGAAAGGGCCGAGAGAGGACGGAAGAAGCCGAGUGGGGGCGGCAGAAGACGAAAGGGACCGGAAAGAGCCGAGCGGGGCCGGAAAGGGCCGAGCGCUUCCGAAAGGAGCCGAGUGGGGGCAGAAGAAACUGGGGAAGACCGGAAAGAGCCGAGCGGGGCCGGAAGGAGCCGAGCUCUUCCGGAAAGGGCCGAAAGGGGGCGGGAGAAGCCGAGGGGGAACGGAAAGAGCCGAGCGGGGGGCCGAAGAAAUCGAGCGAUUCCGGAAGCAGCCUAGUGGGGCCGGAAGAGACGGAAGCCGGGACCGGAAGAGGCCCGAGCAGAGACCGGAAGAGUCCCGAGCAGAGACCGGAAGCGGAAGUCCCCGCGCAGGCGAGCCAAGAUGGCGGCCACGUGCGAUCACUGCGCGGCCGCCGGCGCUCCGUACACGUGUCCCCGCUGCAACCGCCGCCUCUGCUCCCUCGGCUGCUACCGCGGGCACGGGGCCUGCGCCGAGGCCUUCUACCGCGAGCAGGUGCUGCGGGAACUGCGCUCCGAACCGCCGCCGGCGCCGUCCGAGAGGGCCCGGCUGGGGGAAGCCGUGGGGCGGCUGCGGGAGAUCGGCGAGGGCGGCGCGGGGUCGGGGGCGGAGGGGGCGGAGGGGGGCGGGGAGCGGCGCGGGCUGUGGGGGCGGCUGAGCGCGGAGCAGAGGGCGGAGUUCCGCAGGUUGCUGAGGAGCGGGGAGGCCGCGCGGCUGCUGCCCCCGUGGAGGCCGUGGUGGUGGGGGAGGAGGAGGAUGGUGGAGGAGAUCGGCGGGGAGGGGGAGCGGGAGGGGGAAGGGAAGGGGAAGAGGAGGGCGAGGGGGAGGGGGAAGGCCGUGGCCAGCAACGGCACGGCAGACAGAAAGGGCACGGCAGAUAAAAAGGGGGCAGCCAGUAAGGGGACAGCCAGUAAGGGGACAGCCAGCGAGGGGACAGCCAGCAAGGGGGCAGCCAGCAAUGGGGCAGCCAGCAAGGGGGCAGCCAGCAAGGGGACAGCCAGCAAGGGCAUGGUGGCCAGCAAGGGGACAGCCAGCAAGGGGACAGCCAGCAAUGGCAUGGUGGCCAGCAAGGGGACAGCCAGCGAGGGGACAACCAGCAAGGGGACAGCCAGCAAUGGCACGGUGGCCCGCAAGGGGACAGCCAGCAAGGGGACAGCCAGCAAAGGCAUGGUGGCCAGCAUGGGGACAGCCAGCAAGGGGACAGCCAGCAAAGGCAUGGUGGCCAGCAUGGGGACAGCCAGCGAGGGGACAACCAGCAAGGGGACAGCCAGCAAUGGCACGGUGGCCCGCAAGGGGACAGCCAGCAAGGGGACAACCAGCAAGGGGACAGCCAGUAAGGGGACAGCCAGCAAGAGUGAGGCCACUGUGGCCAAUAAGAGGACAGCCAGUGUGGCCAGUGUGGCCUAUGAAACUGAAGCCAAUGUGGCCAACAAGAGCCCGGCCAACGUGGUCAGCAACAGGACAGCCAAUGUGGCCAAUGAGAGUGAAGCCAAUGUGGUCAGCAACAGGACAGCCAGCGUGGCCAAUGUGGCCAAUAAGAGCUUGGCCAACGUGGUCAACAACAGGACAGCCAAUAUGGCCAGUGAGAGUGAUGCCAACGUGGCCAGCAACAGGACAGCCAGUGUGGCCAAUGAGAGCCCGGCCAAUGUGGUCAACUACAGGACAGCCAAUGUGGCCAAUGAGACCAAAGCCAACGUGGCCAACGAGGGCACAGCCAAUAUGGCCAAUGAGAGUGAGGCCAACGUGGUCAACUACAGGACAGCCAAUGUGGCCAAUGAGAGCCCGGCCAGCGUGGUCAACUACAGGACAGCCAAUGUGGCCAACGUGGCCAUUGAGACUGAAGCCAACGUGGCCAAUGAGAGCGAUGCCAACAUGGCCAGCAAGAGGACAGCCAGUAUGGCCAAUGUGGCCAAUAAGAGCUUGGCCAACGUGGUCAACAACAGGACAGCCAUUGUGGCCAAUGAGAGUGAAGCCAACGUGGCCAACGAGGGCACAGCCAAUAUGGCCAAUGAGACUGAAGCCAACGUGGCCAACGAGGGCACAGCCAAUAUGGCCAAUGAGAGUGAUGCCAACAUGGCCAGCAAGAGGACAGCCAGUAUGGCCAAUGUGGCCAGCAAGAGCCCGGCCAACGUGGUCAACAACAGGACAGCCUGUGUGGCCAACAUGGCCAACGAGGGCACAGCCAAUAUGGCCACUGAGAGUGAUGCCAACGUGGCCAGCAACAGGACAGCCAGUGUGGCCAAUGUGGCCAACAAGAGCCCGGCCAACGUGGCCAAUGAGACUGAAGCCAACAUGGCCAAUGAGGGCACAGCCAGUGUGGCCAAUAAGAGCCUGGCCAACGUGGUCAACUACAGGACAGCCAGUGUGGCCAAUGUGGCCAAUGAGAGCCUGGCCAAUGUGGUCAACAACAGGACAGCCAAUGUGGCCAAUGUGAGCCCGGCCAAUGUGGUCAACAACAGGACAGCCAAUGUGGCCAAUGAGACCAAAGCCAACGUGGCCAACGAGGGCACAGCCAAUAUGGCCAAUGAGAGUGAGGCCAACGUGGUCAACUACAGGACAGCCAAUGUGGCCAAUGAGAGCCCGGCCAGCGUGGUCAACUACAGGACAGCCAGUGUGGCCAACAUGGCCAAUGAGAGUGAUGCCAACAUGGCCAGCAAGAGGACAGCCAGUGUGGCCAAUGUGGUCAGUGAGAGUGAAGCCAGUGUGCCCAAUGAGACUGAAGCCAAUGUAGCCAAUGUGACCAAUGAGAGUGAAGCCAAUGUAGCCAAUGUGGCCAAUAAGAGGACAGCCAGUGUGGCCAAUAAGAGCCCGGCCAAUGUGGCCAACAACAGGCCGGCCUUUGUGGCCAAUGAGACCAAAGCCAACGUGGCCAAGAAGGGCACAGCCAAUAAGAGCGCGGCCAACAGGAGCAUGGCCAAUGACAACACGGCCAGUGUGACCUGUGUGGCCAAUGGGAGUGAAGCCAACGUGGCCAAGAAGGGCACAGCCAAUAAGAGCGCGGCCAACAGGAGCGUGGCCAAUGACAACACGGCCAGUGUGACCAGUGUGGCCAAUGGGAGUGAAGCCAAUGUGGCCAAGAAGGGCACAGCCAAUAAGAGCGCGGCCAACAGGAGCGUGGCCAAUGAGGCCUGUGAACUUGGAGCCGGCGUGGCCAAUGAGAACGUGGCUAAGAAGAGCGUGUCCCGUGUGGCCAAUGAGGGUGCAGUCUGCGUGGCCAACGUGGCCAAUGAGAGCGUGGCUGACGAGAGCAAAGCCAUUGUGGCCAAUGAGAGCACAGCCAACAUGGCUGACAAGAGUGGAGCCAUCGUGGCCAGCGAGAAUGAGGCCAUAAGGAAGGAGGAGGAGGAAGGCAAGAAGAUGGGGUGCAGGGACAGUGGGGGCAGUGGGGUCACCAAUGACAUUGGGGGCAGUGGGGUCAACAGUGACAUUAGGGGCAGUGGGGGCGAUGGGGUCACCAAUGGCAAUGGGGGCAUUGCCAAUGACAUUGGGGGCAGUGGGGGCGAUGGGGUCACCAAUGGCAAUGGGGGCAGUGGGGGCAAUGGGGUCGCCAAUGACAUUGGGGGCAAUGGGGUCACCAAUGGCAGUGGGGGCAAUGGGGGCAGUGGGGGCAAUGGGGUCACCAAUGACAUUGGGGUCACCAACGACAAUGAGGACAGCGCUGAUAAUGGGGUCACCGAUGAGGACAGUGCUGACAUUGGGGUCACCAAUGAGGACAGCGCUGACAUUGGGGUCACCAACAAUGAGGACAGCGCUGACAUUGGGGUCACCAACAAUGAGGACAGCGCUGACAUUGGGGUCACCGAUGACGAUGAGGACAGCAAUGACAUUGAGGACAGCGCUGACAUUGGGGUCACCAACAAUGAGGACAGAGCUGACAUUGGGGUCACCAAUGAGGACAGCGCUGACAUUGGGGUCACCAACAAUGAGGACAGCGCUGACAUUGGGGUCACCAAUGAGGACAGCGCUGACAUUGGGGUCACCAACAAUGAGGACAGCGCUGACAUUGGGGUCACCGAUGAUGAUGAGGACAGCGAUGACAUUGAGGACAGCGCUGACAUUGGGGUCACCAACAAUGAGGACAGAGCUGACAUUGGGGUCACCAAUGAGGACAGCGCUGACAUCAGGGUCACCAAUGACAAUGAAGACAGCGAUGACAUUGGGGUCACCAACAACGAAGACAGCGCUGACAUUGGGGUCACCAUUGAGGACAGUGCUGACAUUGGGGUCACCAAUGAGGACAGCGCUGACAUUGGGGUCACCAAUGGCGAUGAGAACAGCACUGACAUUGGGGACAGCGCUGACAUUGGGGUCACCAACAAUGAGGACAGCGCUGACAUUGGGGUCACCAAUGAGGACAGCGCUGACAUUGGGGUCACUGAUGAUGACGAGGACAGCGAUGACAUUGAGGACAAUGAUGACAUUGGGGUCACCGAUGAGGACAGCGCUGACAUUGGGGUCACUGAUGAUGACGAGGACAGCGCUGACAUUGAGGACAACGAUGACAUUGGGGUCACCGAUGAGGACAGCGCUGACACUGGGGACACCGAUGCCGAUGAGGACAGCGCUGACAUUGGGGUCACCAACAAUGAGGACAGUGCUGACAUUGGGGUCACCAAUGAGGACAGCGCUGACAUUGGGGUCACCAAUGACGAUGAGGACAGCGCUGACAUUGGGGACAGCGCUGACAUUGGGGUCACCAACAAUGAGGACAGCGCUGACAUUGGGGUCACCAAUGACAAUGAGGACAGCGAUGACAUUGAGGACAACGAUGACAUUGGGGUCACCAAUGAGGACAGCGCUGACAUUGGGGUCACCGAUGAGGACAGCGCUGACAUUGGGGUCACCGAUGAGGACAGUGGUGACAUUGAGGACACCGAUGAGGACAGCGGUGACAUUGGGGACACCGAUGCCGCCAAGGACAGCGCUGACGAUGCCGCCGAAGGCGUCCCGGGCCCGAUGCCGCCCCCCCCCACGUGGGUGCCCCCCCUCAGCUCCUUCCGGGCUCCGCCUCCGUCCCCUCUGCUGCGCUUCCAACUGCCCAACGUCCUCUACGGUUACGCCUUCGCCCUCAGCCUCCACGCGGGGGACGAUUCGCUCCUCCCGGAUGUCCCCGAGGCCGCCGUGGCCGUCUCGGCCGCCCUCCGUUGCCGUCGGCCCUUCUCCUCCACGGCGGAGGCCGUGUUGGACGCGCGGCGCUCCGCCGAAGCCGCCGGUUAUCCGCGGUGCCCUUUGGGCGACGCCGGCGCCGUUCGGGCCGUGGCUGAGCUCCUGCAGGGCCGCAACCGACGCCGACCCGGGGAGGACGCGGAGACGGCGCUGCAUCACUUGGAGGCGAUGCUGGAGAGGGCGGGGAGGGCGGCGAGGGGGGGGGAGAGGGAGCGGUGGGGCCGAGCGAGGAGGAAAUGCCGCUUCCUGUUGGCGUGGAGUCGGGACGGCGGCGCUGCUGCGCUGGGGGGGAUGGCGGCCGAAGCGGCGGAGCUGAGCGCCGCCAUGGCGGGGGGGGAGAGAGGGGUGUGGGGCGGACGGAGGGGCUGUGGAGGUGGGGGGCGGGGAGAGAGGAACGCGGGGACAGUGCGAGCGGAGGGGUGGGAAACAUAAAGAGCGGAACCCGUGGAGAGCGGAACCGUAGAGGUGGGAACCCAUAGAGAUGGGAACCAUAAAGAGCGGAACCGUAGAGGUGGGAAACUGUGGAGAGUGGAACCGUAGAGGUGGGAACCAUAAAGAGCAGAACCCAUGGAGAGUGGAACCAUAGAGAUGGGAACCAUAGAGAACGGAACCAUAGGGAUGGGAACCCGUGGAGAGUGGAACCGUAGAGAUGGGAACCAUAGAGAGUGGAACCAUGGAGAUGGGAACCCAUGGAGAGUGGAACCGUAGAGGUGGGAACCAUAAAGAGCAGAACCCAUGGAGAGUGGAACCAUAGAGAUGGGAACUAUAGAGGUGGGAACCAUAGGGAUGGGAACCAUAGGGAUGGGAACCCAAAGAGAUGGGAACCAUAGGGAUGGGAACCCAUGGAGAGUGGAACCAUAGAGAUGGGAACCAUAGAGCGGAACCAUAGAGAGCGGAACCAUAGGGAUGGGAACCCGUGGAGAGUGGAACCGUAGAGGUGGGAACCCAUAGAGAUGGGAACCAUAGAGAUGGGAACCCGUGGAGAGUGGAACCAUAGAGAUGGGAACCCAUACAGAUAGGAACCAUAGAGAUGGGAACCACAGAGAUGGGAACCCAUGGAGAGUGGAACCGUAGGGAUGGGAACCAUAGAGAUGGGAACCAUAGAGAUGGGAACCAUAGAGAUGGGAACCCGUGGAGAGUGGAACCAUAGAGGUGGGAACCAUAGGGAUGGGAACCCAUGGAGAGCGGAACCAUAGAGAUGGGAACCCAUACAGAUAGGAACCAUAGAGAUGGGAACCAUAUAGACGGGAACCACAGAGAUGGGAACCCAUGGAGAGUGGAACCGUAGGGAUGGGAACCAUAGAGAUGGGAACCCAUGGAGAGUGGAACCAUAAAGGUGGGAACCAUAGGGAUGGGAACCCAUGGAGAGUGGAACCAUAGAGAUGGGAACCCAUGGAGAGUGGAAGCGGAGGGGUGGGAACCAUAGAGAUGGGAACCCAUGGAGAGUGGAACCAUAGGGAUGGGAACCAUAGGGAGUGGAACCAUGGAGAGUGGAACCAUAGAGAUGGGAACCACAGAGAUGGGAACCAUAGAGAUGGGAACCAUAGAGACGGGAACCACAGAGAUGGGAACCCAUGGAGAGUGGAACCAUAGAGGUGGGAACCGUAGGGAUGGGAACCAUAGAGAUGGGAACCCAUGGAGAUUGGAACCAUAGAGGUGGGAACCAUAGAGAUGGGAACCCAUACAGAUAGGAACCAUAGAGAUGGGAACCAUAUAGACGGGAACCACAGAGAUGGGAACCCAUGGAGAGUGGAACCAUAGAGAUGGGAACCGUAGGGAUGGGAACCCAUGGAGAGUGGAACCAUAGAGAUGGGAAUCAUAAAGAGCAGAACCCGUGGAGAGCAGAACCAUAGAGAUGGGAACCCAUAGAGAUGGGAACUAUAGAGGUGGGAACCAUAGAGAUGGGAACCAUAGGAAUGGGAAACAUAGGGAUGGGAACCCAUGGAGAGUGGAACCAUAGAGAUGGGAACCAUAGAGAGCAGAACCAUAGGGAUGGGAACCCGUGGAGAGUGGAACCGUAGAGGUGGGAACCAUAGGGAUGGGAACCCAUGGAGAGUGGAACCAUAGAGGUGGGAACCCAUAGAGAUGGGAACCAUAAAGAGCAGAACCCGUGGAGAGUGGAACCAUAGAGAUGGGAACCAUGGAGAUGGGAACCAUAGAGAUGGGAACCCGUGGAGAGCGGAACCAUAGGGAUGGGAACCAUAGAGAUGGGAACCCAUGGAGAGCAGAACCAUGGAGAUGGGAACCCAUGCAGAUGGGAACCCGUGGAGAGUGGAACCAUAGAGAUGGGAACCCAUACAGAUAGGAACCAUAGAGAUGGGAACCAUAUAGACGGGAACCACAGAGAUGGGAACCCAUGGAGAGUGGAACCGUAGGGAUGGGAACCAUAGAGAUGGGAACCCAUGGAGAGUGGAACCAUAAAGGUGGGAACCAUAGGGAUGGGAACCCAUGGAGAGUGGAACCAUAGAGAUGGGAACCAUAGAGAUGGGAACCCAUGGAGAGUGGAACCAUAGAGACAGGAACCAUAGGGAGCUGAACUAUAGAGAUGGGAACCAUAGAGAUGGGAACCAUAGAGACGGGAACCCAUGGAGAGCAGAACCAUGGAGAUGGGAACCCAUGCAGAUGGGAACCAUAGAGAGUGGAACCAUAGAGACGGGAAGCACAGAGUGGGAGCCCAGGAGGCCGGAGCCAUGGAGAAUGGAACCAUAGAGACUGCAGCCAUGGAGACCGGACCUACAGCUUCCACACCCAUACAGACCCGACCCACAGCUCCCAGCCCCAUAGAGACCCAACUCAGACCCAUACAGACCCGACCCACAGCUCCCACACCCACAGAGGCCCGACCCACAGCUCCCACACCCAUAGAGGCCCAACCCACAGCUCCCAGACCCAUAGAUACCCAGCUCAGACCCACAGAGGCCUGACCCACAGCUCCCAGCCCCAUACAGACCCGACCCACAGCUCCCAGCCCCAUACAGACCCAACUCAGACCCAUACAGACCCAACCCACAGCUCCCAGACCCAUAGAGGCCCGACUCAGACCCAUACAGACCCAACCCACAGCUCCCACACCCAUAGAGACCCAACUCAGACCCAUAGAGGCCCGACCCACAGCUCCCAGCCCCAUAGAGACCCAACUCAGACCCAUACAGACCCAACCCACAGCUCCCAGACCCAUAGAGGCCCGACUCAGACCCAUACAGACCCAACCCACAGCUCCCACACCCAUAGAGACCCAACUCAGACCCAUAGAGGCCCGACCCACAGCUCCCAGCCCCAUAGAGACCCAACUCAGACCCAUACAGACCCAACCCACAGCUCCCAGACCCAUAGAGGCCCGACCCACAGCUCCCAGACCUAUACAGACCCACAGAGCCUGGACCCACAGCUCCCAGACCCAUAGAUAACCAACUCAGACCCACAGAGACCUGACCCACAGCUCCCAGACCCAUAGAGACCCGACUCAGCCCCAUACAGACCCGACUCAGACCCAUAGAGGCCCGACCCACAGCUCCCACACCCAUACAGACCCGACUCAGACCCAUAGAGACCCGACCCACAGCUCCCAGCCUCACAGAUCCCGGACCCACAGCGCCCACACCCAUACAGACCCGACCCACAGCUCCCAGCCCCAUACAGACCCGACUCAGACCCAUACAGACCUGACCCACAGCUCCCAGACCCAUAGAGGCACGACCCACAGCUCCCAGCCCCAUACAGACCCAACUUAGCCCCACAGAGACCCGACCCACAGCUCCCAGCCCCAUAGAGACCCAACUCAGACCCACAGAGACCCGACCCACAGCUCCCAGACCUAUAGAGGCCCGACUCAGCCCCAUACAGACCCGACCCACAGCUCCCACACCCAUAGAUACCCAACUCACACCCAUAGAGGCCCGACCCACAGCUCCCAGACCCAUAGAGGUCUGCCCCACAGCUCCCAGCCCCAUAGAGACCCAACUCAGCCCCAUAGAGACCCGACCCACUGCUCCCAGCCCCAUAGAGACCCAACUCAGCCCCAUAGAAAUCCAACCCACAGCUCCCAGACCCACGGAUCCCAGACCCACAGCUCCCAGCCCCAUACAGACCCGACCCACAGCUCCCAGACCCAUAGAUACCCAACUCAGACCCAUAGAGGCCCGACCCACAAAUCCCAGACCCAUAGAUACCCAACUCAGCCCCAUAGAGACUCGACCCACAGCUCCCACACCCAUAGAGACCCGACUCAGCCCCAUAGAGGCCCGACCCACAGCUCCCAGACCCAUAGAGACCCGACCCACAGCUCCCAGACCCAUUGAUACCCAACUCAGCCCCAUAGAGGCCCAACCCACAGCUCCCAGACCCAUACAGACCCGACCCACAGCUCCCAGCCCCAUACAGACCCCACUCAGCCCCAUAGAGACCCGACCCACAGCUCCCAGACCCAUAGAGACCCGACUCAGACCCAUAGAGGCCCAACUCAGACCCACAGAGGCCCGACCCACAGCUCCCAGACCCACGAAUCCCGGACCCACAGCUCCCAGACCCAUAGAGACCCAACUCAGACCCAUAGAGACCCGACCCACAGCUCCCAGACACACAGAUCCCGGACCCACAGCUCCCAGACCCAUACAGACCUGACCCACAGCUCCCAGCCCCAUAGAGACCCGACCCAUGGCUCCCAGCCCCACAGAUCCCGGACCCACAGCAUCUUAAUUAAAGACUGGACGGUGUAUGGACCCAA